GGCCAGUCCACAGACUGUCAUGGCGUCGAUGGAGUCCAAGCUCCGACGACAACGCAUCAGGCACAUCAAAGUUUCACCGACGCUCCAUUUGUGAGGGUUCUGUUCGGACAAACCCUGAAUAUUUAUGCGCUCCGGGCGACCACAAACGCCGAUGUAAACGGCGUCCCCGAGCACAAGCGCUUGAGACUCCAGUCGAGAUGGAGACGCCCGUCCUACAGACGCAGCCGUCCACCCUGCCAUUUUUCGAUACGGCCCACGCGUUCAACCUGCUGCGAGGGAUCCACGAGCUCCGCGCCGAGAGAAAGUUUUUUGACGUGACUCUGUGCGCCGAGGGCCACGAGUUCCACUGCCACCGCACGGUCUUGGCGGCCGCCAGCACCUACUUCCGCGCCAUGUUCGCCGGGACGCUGCGGGAGAGCGCCAUGGACAGGGUGGUUCUGCACGAGGUCUCGGCUGAGCUUUUGGGACUGUUGGUGGACUUCUGCUACACGGGACGGGUCACGGUCACGCAGGACAACGUGGACCUCCUGCUGAAAACCGCGGAUCUGUUUCAGUUCCCGUCGGUCAAGGAGGCCUGUUGCGCUUUCCUGGAACAACGUCUGGAUGUUUCCAACUGCUUAGAAAUCCAGGACUUUGCAGAGGCCUACGCUUGCCGAGAGCUGGCGGCCAGCGCUCGCGGAUUUGUCCUGAAGAACUUAAUGGAUCUGGCCAAAGGGACCGACUUUAAACGCUUGCCUUGGAAGCGCCUGCUUGAGUUUGUGUCGGACGACGAGCUGUGCGUGGACAAAGAGGAGACGGUUUAUCAGAUCGCGGUGCGCUGGGUGAAGGCCGACCUCCAGCGGAGACUCCACUACUGGCCCGAGCUCCUCCAGCAGGUGCGGCUGCCUUUCGUCAGGAGGUUCUUCCUGUUGGCCCACGUGGAGAGCGACCCGCUGGUGUACCUGUCGCCGCCCUGCCUGCGCAUGGUGAACGAGGCCCGCAGCUUCCAGUCCUGCGAGUACGACCGCCACGACAGGCCGUGUCGCCGCAUGCGCCCACGGCCUUCCACGGGACUGGCCGAGAUCCUGGUCGUGGUGGGAGGCUGCGACCAGGAUUGUGACGAGCUGGUCACCGUCGAUUGUUUCAACCCGCAGACAGGCCAGUGGCGCUACCUGGCCGAGUUCCCGGACCACCUGGGAGGAGGCUACAGUAUAGCGGCCCUCGGGAGCGACAUGUACGUUACUGGCGGUUCCGACGGGCCGCGCCUCUACGACGGCGUGUGGCGCUACAAGUCGAGCGUGAACGAGUGGACGGAGGUGUCGCCCAUGCUGAAGGCGCGCGAGUACCACAGCUCGUGCGUGCUGAAGGGCCAGCUGCACGUGGUGGCGUCGGACAGCACCGAGCGCUACGACCACACGCUGGACUGCUGGGAGGCCCUGCCGCCCAUGCUGCACGCCAUGGACAACUGCUCCACCGCCACCUGCGGCGGGCGCCUCUACGCCAUCGGCUGUCUGGCCGGGGAGGACACCAUGGCCGUGCAGAGCUACGACCCGGACAGCAAGCGUUGGUCCAUCGUCAAUUGUGGACAGCUGCCGCCGUGGUCCUUCACCCCGAAAACGGUGACCCUCAACGGCCUCAUCUUCUUCGUCAGGGAUGACUCUGCAGAUGUGGACGUUUAUAACCCUCAGAAGAACGAGUGGGACAAGAUCAGUCCAAUGAACCAGGUGCACGUGGGCGGCAGCGUGGCGCCGCUGGGCGGAAAGCUCUUCGUGUCGGGCGGCUACGACAACACCUUCGAGCUCUCCGACGUGGUGGAGGCGUACGACCCGGCCACGCGCGCCUGGAGCGUGGCGGGCCGCCUCCCCCAGCCCACCUUCUGGCACGGCAGCGUCAGCAUCUUCCGCCAGUUCAUGCCGCUGGUGUCCAGCGCCUUCGAGCCCGCCGACGUCCCCGACGCCAACGCCAUCCGCCUCCACCGCCACCAGCGCCAGCAGGCCCUCCACAACCUCAACAACAACCUCAACCAGAACCAGGAAGUCAACGCGGCGGCGCUCUGAGUCCGCCGACUUUGACACGGAACCGUCGUCGUCGGGAGGACGUCGGCCGCACGUUUGAAAGCCAGCAUGCGCGGAAACGUCACCUCGUAAUCACGGUCCGGCCGUGCGCCUUCACUUCCUGCCGCCGGAAAAUGCAAACUACCAUUUCAAGAUCACUCCGCCUGCCAAGUCUGGGUGACGCUUGCAAAAAGUGGCGUGCUAAAAAGCUGCCCUGGUUAUUAUUAGCGUCGUGCUGUGUGAUAAUCACGCCGCCUUGUCAUUGGCUGGCUUCCAACUGGUGCACUUUCUUCACUUUUAGUGCACUUCAUAUAAAGAGUGAGCUGUGAUGAUCUUGGCUACGUAGCGGUUGCAAAGUAUUCACGGCGUGUACACGGUGUAAUUAUCAAUGGAAGUAUUCCAUUUGGGACACUUUUGUAGGUAACAUUCAAUCUUAGAUGGGCUUUUUGUUAUUGUGGUGCUCUGCCGAGUCACAUGCCCAACCCCGGCGUUCGUUUAUGGCGUGGUUGCUUAGAGCAGUGUUUUUCAACCUUUUUGGAGCUAAGGCACAUUUUUUUCAUUGAAAGAAUCUGAAAGAAACACCACCAGCAGAAAUCAUAAAAAAAAGGAAACUCAGUUGACAGUAAAAAGUUGUUGGAUAUGACUUUAAAGCAGGGGUGUCCAAACUUUUUCCACUGAGGGCCGCACACGGAAAAAUUUAAGCCUGCGGGGGCCAUUUUGAUAUUUUUCAUUUUCAAACCUUAACAAAAUAUAUGGAUUUAUUUAUUUUUUUACUUUUAGGACUACCGGGGAGGGUCUCAGUCAUUAAAAUGUUAAAAAUAAGUCAAAUUAUUAUUAUUUUUUAUUUAACGCUUACAGUAAAUCUCUAUAUCAACUUCAGGUUGAUAUAAAGUUAAAAAAAAAAAAAGGUUUUAUGCCUUUUCUUUCAAAGACAACUUUGUUUUUAUAGUAAAACUGAAAUAUGCAGUAUUUAGUAUUAGAGCCCUAAAAGAUCAAUAAUGCAGGACACCAUUGAUUUCAAUUAUUUAAUAUUUUUGAGUAAUCACAGUGAAAAGUUAAAUAAAAUCCUACUAAAUAUAUUUGGGAUCCAAAAGGUCCCCCACUCAUAAAGUGAUACAUUUUUAUUUUAUUUUUUUUACUUUUAACACUUAAAUUACGAGAUCAGCUUCAGAUAUAUCUGUCGAUUUUACGUUUGAACUAUUAUUUUGUUUGUUGUAUGCUCUUUUGUCAAAGAAAACUUUGAUGUUUUUAUAUGGCAACCACACAAUAUAUGCAAUAUUUUUUCCACAUAAAACAUUUUAAAGUGAUAUUUUUUAAGUAAUAAUUCAUUAUAACAUAGAUUUGUAGUCUUUUUUUUAAUUUUUUUUAGCAAUGGCAAAAAAAAAGAAAAAUAAACAAAGACAAAAGAAAAAAAAACAGCCUGCAUGGCAGCUUUGUGUCAACAUUGCAACUUUUUCUUGUUAGAUUUCACCUCAUUCCACUUUUUUUUUAAAUGUUUUCUUUUUAAUUUUUGCAAUAUUAUCAAUUUUGCAAUUUUUGCAGAAUGUGGCGGGCCGGUAAACAGUCAGCUGCGGGCCGCAAAUGGCCCCCGGGCCGCACUUUGGACACCCCUGCUUUAAAGCAUAACCAAGCAUGCAUCAAUAUAGCUCUUGUCUCAAAGUAGGUGUACUGUCACCACCUGUCACAUCACACCCUGACUUAUUUGGACUUUUUUGCUGUUUUCCUGUGUGUAGUGUUUUACUUCUUGUCUUGCGCUCCUAUUUUGGUGGCUUAUUCUCUUUUUUCGGUAUUUUCCUGUAGCAGUUUCAUGUCUUCCUUUUGAGCGAUAUUUCUACUUUGUUUUAGCAAUCCAGAAUAUUUUGGUUGUUUUUAUCCUUCUUUGUGUCGACAUUGUUGAUUGUCACGUUUGGAUGUACAUUGUGGAUGCCGCUUCUGCGCCACACGCUGUAAGUCUUUGCUGUCGUCCAGCAUUCUGUUGUUGUUUACUUUGUAGCCAGUUCAGUUUUAGUUUUGUUUUUGCAUAGCCUUCCCUAAGCUUCAAUGCCUUUUCUUAGAGGCACUCACCUUUUGUUUAUUUUUGGUUUAAAGGCCUACUGAAAUGAAAUUGUUUUUAUUUAAACGGGGAUAGCAGAUCCAUUCUAUGUGUCAUACUUGAUCAUUUCGCGAUAUUGCCAUAUUUUUGCUGAAAGGAUUUAGUAGAGAACAUCGACGAUAAAGUUCGCAACUUUUGAUAAAAAAAGCCUUGCCUGUACCGGAAUUAGCGUGACAUCACAGGUUGAAAAGCUCCUCACAUUUCCCCAUUGUUUACACCAGCAGCGAGAGCGAUUCGGACCGAGAAAGCGACGAUUACCCCAUUAAUUUGAGCCAGGAUGAAAGAUUCGUGGAUGAGGAACGUGAGAGUGAAGGACUAGAGUGCAGUGCAGGACACAUCUUUUUUCGCUCUGACCGUAACUUAGGUACAAGCUGGCUCAUUGGAUUCCACACUCUCUCCUUUUUCUAUUGUGGAUCACGGAUUUGUAUUUUAAACCACCUCGGAUACUAUAUCCUCUUGAAAAUGAGAGUCGAGAACGCGAAAUGGACAUUCACAGUGACUUUUAUCUCCACGGCAAUACAUCGGCAAAGCACUUUAGCUACGGAGCUAACGUGAUAGCAUCGUGCUUAACUGCAGAUAGAAACAAAAUAAAUAAACCCCUGACUGGAAGGAUAGACAGAAGAUCAACAAUACUAUUAAACCAUGGACAUGUAACUACACGGUUAAUGCUUUCCAGCCUGGCGAAGCUUAACAAUGCUGUUGCUAACGACGCCAUUGAAGCUAACUUAGCAACGGGACCUCACAGAGCUAUGCUAAAAACAUUAGCUAUCCACCUCCGCCAGCCAGCCCUCAUCUGCUCAUCAACACCCGUGCUCACCUGCGUUCCAGCGAUCGACGGAGCGACGAAGGACGUCACCCGAUCAUCGGUGCGGUCGGCGGCUAGCGUCGGAUAGCGCGUCUGCUAUCCAACUCAAAGUCCUCCUGGUUGUGUUGCUGCAGCCAGCCGCUAAUACACCGAUCCCACCUACAGCUUUCUUCCUUGCAGUCUCCAUUGUUCAUUAAACAAAUUGCAAACACAGAUGUCCAGAAUACUGUGGAAGUUUGCGAUAAAAACCGAGCUUUUUGUAUUGGAUAGUUCUGUUUCAACCAUUGACGUCACGCGCAUACGUCAUCAUACAUAGACGUUUUCAACCGGAAGUUUCCCGGGAAAUUUAAAAUGGCACUUUAUAAGUUAACCCGGCCGUAUUGGCAUGUGUUGCAAUGUUAAGAUUUCAUCAUUGAUAUACGGUAUAAACUAUCAGACUGCGUGGUCGGUAGUAUUGGCUUUCAGUAGGCCUUUAAGCAUUAGACACCUUUUUACCUGCACUCUGCCUCCCGCUGUUCCCGACAUCUACAAAGCAGUUAGCUACCUGCUGCCACCUACUGAUAUGGAAGAGUAUUACACGGUUACUCUGCCGAGCUCUAGACAGCACCGACACUUUAUUCGCGGAUUAUAAUAACUGGUUUGGAAAAAAUAUUUUUAACCCAAAUAGGUGAAAUGACGUAAUCUCCCACGGCACACCAGACUGUAUCAGUGUGCCGCGGCACAGUGGUUGAAAAACACUGGCUUAGAGACCCCAAACGAGUCGCCGGCCCCCCCCCCUGGAAGCAUAGCGGGAUAUUAGCGUACGCUUGAAGCAUUCUUGUCGCCCCUUGCGUCUUUACCAUGGCCAUGUUUACGCCGCUAAUGUUAUUUAGCUGCUUGCGAAGGUUUAUAAUGCCAGUUUGCUGCUGGCGGACGUUAGCUGCGUGCUAAUUGCGAGAGUCCAAAGUUGUUUUUGUGUUUUAUUUUGUACCAUACUUGUCAACCCUCCCGUUUUCAGCGCCUCUCCCGACAAACUCCCGGUAUUCAGCCGGAGCUGCAGGCCACGCCCCCUCCAGCUCAAUGCGGACCUGAGACUGAGUGGGGACAGCCUGUUCUCACGUCCGCUUUCCCACAAUAUAAACAGCUUGCCUGCCCAAUGAACGGAGAAGUUAAACAGGACAAUACUGCCAUCUAAUGGAUAGCCAACGGAACACUGAAAUUCAAGUAUUUUUAUUUUUUUUUGUAUGUAAAUAAAAUAAAUAAAUAUAUAUAUA